AUGGCAGACAACACGGAGAAUACCGAGUCCGAUAUAUGGGCGUCGCCCACUCAGUGUGCUCCUCCUGAAGCUCGUCCGAAGACGCCGAAGACGCCGAAGACGCCCAAAACACCCGCCGCUGCCGACCGCCAGUCCGAGACCGUUGACCGCGAGGCGGCUCUCCGCAAAGAGUUGGAGGGAGUCCGUAGCAUCAAUGAGUCCAUCGAGGGCGUCCUCGCCACCCUUGGACGAACCAGCGGGAACAUGGAGGUCGUUUCCAAGACUGUUUCCAACGCCUCCGCGCUGCUCAAUACCUGGACCCGCAUUCUAUCCCAAACCGAACACAACCAGCGGCUUGUCCUUCACCCGAGCUGGAAAGGCGCGACAGAGGAUCUCGCCGAGCAGGAGGCGGAAGCCCAGGAAAGGCAGCGAGCUUCCGAGCGCAGGGCCGCCGAGGAGAUUCAGAAACGAGAAGAGCUGCGUCAGGAGCCUCCAGGGGUCGAGGGACCAUUAGCCGUGGUGCGACUGCCUCAAGGGGCGGCCCGAGCUUGA